CCCCUCCCCCUCCUCGUGUUUUUAUUUUAAUCUGUGCUUUAAUUGUAGUUUUUUUACCCUUGUGGUCCCUGAUGGCUUCGCACAGUGAUACUCUGGUGGUGUUCUUUGGGGCAACAGCUGGUGCAAAUGGGGGUAAACUGGGUUCGGAUGAGAGGGAAAUAAUUCUCUUGGUGUGGCAAAUUGUGGAUCUACAUGAGAAAAAGGUCGGGAAGCUUCACAGAUGUCUUGUGAAGCCGGAAACGUUUGAGCUGACGGACGAGUGCAAAGAGGACACCGGGCUGACUGCGGAAGACCUGCUGGAGGCUGAGCCCCUGGACACGGUGCUGCAGCAGUUCCAGCAGUCGGUGUCAUCGGAGGUGAAAUGCCUCGGCAGAAGCUCCUUCACGCUCUGCGUCGACAGUCCCCUCGUCAUCCGACAGGCCCUCCACCCCGAAGCGUCCAAAAAGAAUCUCGUCCUUCCUGAAUGUUUCUUCUCAUUUGUGGACGUGAACAAGGAGUUUCACAAAUGCUGCCCCAGCUCCAGCCCCGUGGAGAAGCUCACACUCGCCACCAUGUUGGAAUAUGUCGGUCUUCCUGCCAUGUCGGAGCAGCCGAUGGGGGAGAUGGAGGUGAGCACCAUGGUGCAGCUGACGCUCCAGAUCCUGGCCGAGCCCUACAACCACAAGUUCUCCUGCGUUGAAACCGUGAAGUACAAGUUUGACUCCAGCACAUGCAGCAAGACGGAGCCGGUGGACAGUGAGACGGUGAUCCGAGCGCGAGGGCUCCCGUGGCAGUCCUCGGACCAGGACAUCGCUCGCUUCUUUAAAGGCCUCAGUAUCGCCAAGGGUGGCGUGGCGCUCUGUCUUAACGCUCAAGGCCGGAGGAACGGCGAGGCCCUGGUCCGGUUCAUCAGCUCCGAGCACCGGGACCUGGCCCUGGAGCGCCACAAGCACCACAUGGGCAGCCGCUACAUCGAGGUCUACAAGGCCACAGGAGAGGAAUUCCUCAAGAUAGCUGGAGGUACGUCUAAUGAGGUGGCCCAGUUCCUGUCCAAGGAGAACCAGGUGAUUAUCCGGAUGCGGGGGUUGCCGUUCACCGCCGCGCCCCAGGAAGUGCUGUCCUUCCUUGGAUCCGAGAGCCCCGUGACCGACGGGGGCGAGGGUCUCCUCUUCGUCAAGUACCCCGACGGACGGCCCACCGGCGACGCUUUCGUCCUCUUCUCCUGCGAAGAGUACGCACAGAACGCCCUGAAGAGGCACAAGCAGAUCCUGGGGAAGCGUUACAUCGAGCUGUUCCGGAGCACUGCAGCUGAAGUGCAACAGGUCCUGAACCGCUACAUGUCCGCACCCCUGAUCUCCACGCUGCCCCCUUCGCCCAUGAUGCCCGUCCUCACCACGCCGCCCUACCUUCCCGCGGCGAGCAGCACCCGCGACUGCGUCCGCCUCCGCGGCCUGCCCUACACCGCCGGCAUCGAGGACAUCCUGGAGUUCAUGGGGGAGUACACCGUGGACAUCAAACCCCACGGGGUCCACAUGGUCCUCAACCAACAGGGUCGGCCUUCUGGCGACGCUUUCAUCCAAAUGAGGUCCCCCGACAAGUCGUUCAUGGUGGCCCAGAAGUGCCAUAAAAAGACCAUGAAGGACCGCUACGUGGAGGUGUUCCAGUGCUCCACGGAGGAGAUGAGCAUUGUGCUGAUGGGAGGAACCUUGAACCGCAGCGGCCUCUCGCCGCCGCCAUGCAAGCUUCCCUGUCUCUCCCCCCCCACGGCCUACGCCGCCUUCCCCACCCCGCCUUCCAUGCUCUCUGAGGCCCUCUACCAGCCCCCCCUACUGGCUGCUCCCAGACAACAUCAGACCCUCACGCACAGCCCGGCUCACACUCUGGCCUACUACCCCCCUCAGCCGCACAUGUACAUGAAUAUGAACAUGAACUACACGGCUUACUACCCCAGCCCCCCAGUUUCUCCCUCCACAGUCGGCUACUUUGCAGCCCCGCCGGGCUCGGUGGCGACGGCGGUCGCGGCCCAACCCCACCCCGCGGCCGCCGGCGCCUCUUCUGUGCUGCAGCAACACGGAGCGCUGGUCCGGAUGCAGGGCCUGCCCUACAACACCGGAGUCAAGGACAUCCUCAGCUUCUUCCAGGGUUACCAGCAAUGUGGAGGACGGAAUGAGAUGGAGGGGCUGCAGCUGGAAGGCGGCCCCAGGUGGACACAUGUGGCCCCGCAGCCAAAGCUUAACUGGAGAGGCCAGACGCACGGCCACCGAACAUUAAAUAUCAAAUACGCCCCCGACGAGUACAGCUGCAUGGUUCAGAUGAGCGAACAGGCCCGGAGUCUGAUUCAGCCCAAAGAAUGGCUCUGUCUCUAGGGACGCACCGCAAGCAGCUCCAGCCAGACGCCGUCCUCGUCUUGUACAACUUCAGCGGCCAGUGCAGCGGCGAGGCCCUGGUCACCUUUCACAGUGAGGAAGUUGCCAGGCGGGCCGUAGCCGAGCGCUCCAACCACUCCUUCUACGGCCAGCAGGUCCACUUGAUCCUCUGUAACUGACCACUAGCCCUUCAUCUCUCUCCUCCUCUUCCUCCUCCCGUGGUUUUAGCUCACAUUGAAGUGCACUCUCCUCGAAAAGUGCCUCCAACUGCUUUCCCAGUUGGACCCAGUGCCACUUAAAAAAACAUCUGUCGAGCCUCUUCCCUUUUCCCACGACCCCGCGAUUAUUAAGACAAAAAUGGACACCGCUGGCCGUGACAUUCCUGAAGCUACUGUUUUUGAGUUUGGAGAUCCGCCGGGGGAAGCAGCUGAAGUCGGUAACGCUGAAUGACGUUGUGGAUGUCUGUGUGCCCACCGUAACAGCUGGACAAACAUGCAUGUAUAUUUAAAUGCUUUAUCUACGCGUGUCCACUGAUGCGACUGGACAGAUGUUCGUCCUGAAAUGCUUGAGGCUGUACAAAAAACACUUCUGCACACACACACGAUCUUUUCUGUAUAUUUCUAAAUUUUUCACUCUUAACCACGACAAUGUUUUGACUUCAGAGUUCAUGAAGCUUUAGUGUUCGCUCUAUGCAGACGCAGAUGGGUGCAUGCGCAAUGUUUGAGUUGAUGGCCUCAGUGUCGUGGUGCCAUUUAGAGAGAGAGAGACCAUAAAGACCGACUGUACUUCAACCGUCAUGGAUUCAUUUGAACUAACUUUAAGCUGCAGCAACACCUCCGAUGUGCCAGUCUAACAUCUAAUUUGUGACUUUUUUUGUUCUUUUUCUGUAAAAAAGCAUUUGUGUGACAUCCCCGUUUAGAUAUGUUCCAAGCACUACAGAUGUCUUUUGUUCCCGAGUAAAGUGACAGAGCGUCUUUCACAAGAGUAGCACGACGAAUUGAUUCUAUUUUUUAUUAAAUCCCAUUUCCGUACAACGUUUUUGGCGAUGUUAUGAAAUAUUAGGACAAAGUCAUAUCUUGAAGUCUUUUUCUAAUGAUCGACCACGGCUACUAGAUGUCUUCCGUUUUGGUUUCCAGACUAUAAUCGGUCUAUAUCGCUGAUUUAAUUCCUGCUUAUGACCAGAAUACUGUGUAGAAGCUGCAUGAGUUGUUUUUUUCUUUCUUCUGUGACGGGCCUACUGACAGCUGUCUUAGUUUGUUGCCCCCCUUGCUGUGCCUACAUUACCCAGAGUGCAAUACUGGCCCAAAUGAGGCUGGGUUAACCUCUGAGAUGCGUUUCUUUUGUUGCAAGUUUGACACUUGUAUAAAUUUGGAUCUGUGUAUAAGACCAACAAAUAAAGACUUGACUAUG